ACUCGAAGCGGGCCACAGAAGAAGAAACAAUGGCGGCUGGGCCUGGUGUUUCUCUGCAGAGCGGCAGUCCUGCCAGAGAACUUUCUAUUUCGGUUCAGCAAGGACCAAGUCAGACUUUCGGAGACCGGAUAAAACUAGAAGAUGUAACUGAAGCAGAGAAACAGAGUCGCAUGGCGGCUCUGCUGGAGAGGCUUCAUGCUAAACACAAUGCUUCACGGCCAUGGGAGGGGACCAUUAAUGUUGUGCGUCAGGCAAUGGAGAAACGUGGUGUGAUUAACGAAGCAGGUCAUCAGGUCUUGCUCAACUGUCUGGAGACCCUGCAGAGAGCUCUAAAAGUCUCAUCUCUUCCCUCCAUGACGGAUCGUCUUGAGUCUAUCGCUCGACAAAACAUGUUGGGCUCUCACCUCAGUCCCACAAAAACAGAGUGCUACAUCACGUCCGACAUGUUUUAUGUGGAGGUCCAGCUGGAUACUGGGGGCCAGCUUGUGGAUGUCAAGGUUGCUCAUCAGGGGGAGAACCCAACGAGUUGUCCUGAACUUAUUCAACAUCUAAGUGAAAAGAACUUUGAAGCCUUUUCUAAACAUCUCAAGGGACUGGUUGAUUUAUACCGUCUUCCUGGUGACAAUAAACUGAAAACAAAGAUGUACAUAGCACUGCAGUCUCUGGAACUCGAUCUCACCAAGAUGAUGCACAUGUUUAGGUUAGCAACAAAUGCUAAUGCAGUUGAAACUAUUCUUCAUGGGAGUGUUGGCUGGCUGACUCCCAGAAGUGGUGGAAAUCUAGUGUCUCUUCAGUGCUAUGUGUCUCCUUAUGACGUAUUUGAGGUGGAAACUGACUCCCAGCUCAACCUAACGGACAACAAUGUUCCACGUUCCUUGGGUGUCAGUGUCUCUGUGACAAUCGAGGGAACUUCAGCUGUGUAUAAGCUCCCAAUUGCUCCACUCAUCUCCGGAUCCCACCCUGUUGAUAACAAAGGCACACCGUCCUUUUCCACUGUGAGCAAUUCUAACAGCGUGGACCUACCAGCCUGUUUUUUCCUGAAGAUGAACCGCCCCAUGCCUUUCUCACUCUCCUUCAUUCAGAGGCUUGGCAGUUCUACUUCAAUCCCAGUGUUUGAGAUGCCACCCAACCUCUCACCUCUUUACCAGUUAAUUGUCCAGAGUCAGCUGCAGCUUCUGGAGGAGGGCAGUUCUGUACCAGCCACCUUGCACAACAUGCACUUUUAUUCUAUCCUACCAGACCAGCAUCACUGUUAUUUCCUGAAUGGUGAUGCACCAGUUCAUGAUGGCCACUCAUUACAAGGAGCAAUGGUGUCUAAGAUCCCCUUUCGCCACCCAGCACAGGUUCCAUACCUGCUGGAUAUCAUUCGUCACCAGGCAGCAUAUAACACCUUGAUUGGCAGCUGUGUAAAACGAACAUCUGUCAAAGAAGACAGCGCAGGUCUUCUGCAGUUUGAAGUCUGUCCUCUCACCGACUCAAGUUUCAGCGUCUCUUUUCAGCAUCCAGUCAAUGAGUCUUUAGUCUGUGUUGUGAUGGAGGUGAUUGACUCCAGACAGGUCUCCUGUCACCUGUAUAAAGGACCAUCAGAUGCUUUGAUCUGCACUGAUGAAUUCAUAACUAAAGUGGUUACAAGAUGCAUGUCCAUUCCUGUUACCAUGCGGGCCAUUCGGAGGAAAGCUGAGACCAUCCAGGCAGACACUCCAGCCCUCUCAUUAAUAGCGCAGACAGUGGAGACCAUGGUCAAAAAUAACCUUCCGCCUUCUGGUAGUCCUACCUACAAUAUGGUGGCAGGUGAUGGAACUAACCCAAUGGGACUACCUGGAUUUACUGGUGGCAACACACCUGCUGGUGGAGGACCACCUGGGGGACCUAAUUUUGCUGGUCCAAUCACUACUCUCUUUGGAAUGUCCCGUGCAGAAAGGCAAGCUCAAGGAGAGUGCCUGACCCCAGGAGGGGUAGCUGGCCAGCAGCAACUGCAGCAACAACAGCAAGGUCAAGGCCAUUCAGACGACUACAGUAAAGUCACACAGAAUCCCAUUCUGACCAGUUUGCUGCAGAUAACUGGAAAUGUUGGUUCCAGCCCCAGCUCCCAGAAUGCACCACAACCCCACCAAACUCCACCACCAACGUCGUCCCCUGCCAGCAACACAAAGAGUCACCCUAUGUUGAUGAACCUGUUGAAAGACAACCCCACACAGGAUUUUGCUGCGAUGUAUAGCUCGAGUCCCUUAGAGAGGCAGAAUUCUUCAUCUGGCUCUCCACGAACAGAUAGCAUGGGUGGUGCCUGUCCUGGCGGUAACACCAAGGGCAAGAAGAAGCGUCCUCGGGGUCCUGAAAAAGUUGGGGUGUUGCCUGGAGUGGGUGCAGGUGGUGGAGGUGGUGGUUUGGGCAUGAAACAACAACAAGGAUCCUCCAUGCCACAGCACCUCCAGCACCACUCAGUUGCUCAUGAGGAUGAUUUCCACCGCAAGCUCCUCUCAAUGGAUGUGGACGCUUCUCAGAAUUCUAUAUUUGAUGUUAACCUCGCUGGUGAUAGCCUGGAUGCACACCAUAGCAUAACUCCAACACUUAGCCAGUGUGGAACGCCGCCAUCCAGCUCGGGCAUGUCAUACUCACAGUCUCAUGUCCAGUCUCAGCAGCAACAACCAGGUUCUGUACCACCUCGUAUUGUCCGCCUUCCCAGCUCUGACAGCAUUGGGCCCGAUAUCACAGAAAUCCUACAGGAGUUACCAGAGCAAACUGGGAAAGGUAGCAUUGGGAGCGGUGGGCAACCAGAGGAUGGAGGACCUUUGGGCACUCCCAUUCGUGACUCCUCCAGCUCUGGUCAGGGUAGCGCAGUGUUUGAUUCAGCAGACAUUUUCAAUUCCAAUAGCAACGAAAACCCGUUUACAGAUGCAGCGGACCUGAUCGCGGAGGCAGCUGCAACUGCUGCCACUCCCAACAGUGACUCCUCUUCCAAUAACUUCUUUCCAUCUGACUUUAACCCUGACCUUUUGGCCUCAGGACAUGGCUUCUCCCAAAGCUACUUUGAUGACAGCUCUCCAAGUGCUGAUGGAGAUAUGGACUUGGUCAAGGGAUUUGGGGGAGGUAGCCAGCAGAACACUCCCUCAGGAACUCCACAGAACCCUCGACAUGGGCAGAGUACUCCAGAGCCCUCACUGAAGGACCCGUUUGAUAUGGGGAUAGUCUUUGGGGGCAACAGUGGUGGUGGUAAACCACUCUUGGGGCAAGCUCCUGACUUAAUAGAUACACACAGUGGAGGUUCCCAGAGCCCCCUCAUGAUGGGACUCGCCACUGCAUGUUCAGAUUUUAAAAAUACAGAACCAAAAGUCAAACAACAGGUACUGAUACGGCCAAAGGAAGAGAAUGGGGGAAAUGGAGGUAGCAGUUCUGGGACAGGAAUGGGAAGCAGCUCAGCAGAGGGCAAACAGGUCAAACGAAGCAGGACGCCAUCCAGUGAAGGAAAAUCUAAAGAUAAGCCCCCCAAACGCAAAAAGCUUGAUCCAGAUGGAAAGUCUCCUUCUCACAGCUCAGGAGGGCGAUCCUACACACCUCCUAGUGGUGGUUCGGGCUCCGGAGGUUCCAAGUCUCCCGGUAGUUCUGGACGCUCGCAAACUCCCCCAGGAGGUGCCACACCACCAAUCCCCAAAAUCACUAUUCAGAUCCCAAAAGGUACCAUCACUGGAGGGAAAGCAUCCUCCCACAGCGGAUACACCUCCAGCAGCUCGGCAACAAGCACUACAGGAGGGGCAAGUGGGACAAGCAGCAGCAGCAAAAGCCACCAUUCACACUCCUCUUCCUCUGGGAAGACCAAGUCCAAAGAAGGGUCCAUGACGCAAAGCAACAGCUCCAAGUCAGGGAGUUCAGGAGGUGGAGGUGGAGGUGGACAAUCGCAGAUAAAAGGAUCCUCUCAAGGUAUGGGUGUUGGCAAACCAGGUUCGUCCCCAAUCACUAAACAUGGUCUGUCUGGGCCUGGGGGUACUGGAGGGGGACUGGGAAGUGGCAGUAAAAUUAAGCCUCAGGGAGGUAAACCUCCAGGUUCACUUAUGAAUCCCAACAUAAAGCCUAACAUCUCACCUUCCCAUUCCCGCUCCAGUAGCUCUGGUGAUAAACACUCCUCUCCAAUGAAAAUGCAGCAGUCCCAAGUUCCAGGAACUCCUCCAUCUUCCAAAGCUAAGUCUCCAAUUGGAUCAGGAAGUGGCAGCUCGGGAGGAUCCAAGUCUUCCUCCAGCGGAAGUUCCCAAAAACCAGGUGGUGGGGGUUCUUCUGGUUCUACAUCUACCUCCUCCAGCUCAUCCUCAGGUUCCAUGAGCUUCUCUGGUGGAUCCCAGUCGCAGUACGGCAGUGGUGGAAGUGGAGGAGCAGGAGGGGGUAAUGGAGGUGAAGGAAAUGGUGGAGGAAGUGGUGGAGGGGCGGGUCAGAACAAUGCAAAUAACCCCAAUGCUAAAGGGAAGUCCCCCAGUAGAAACAAGAAACCUUCUCUAACAGCAGUCAUAGACAAACUGAAGAGUGUGGGCGGCGGAGGAGUUGGGGAGGACGGUUGUGAGGUAGGGACACCGGUGGGAGGUCCUGGAUCAGCAUCUACUCCUGGUGGUCCUGGAAAUCUUCCCAGCGGACCUUCAAACGUGGGUUCUUCUAAGCAUUCCUCAUCCUCCCAAAGCGGCGAGUAUAAGCGGGAAAAGUCCGAUAAAGAGGGAAAAUCUAAAGUGAUGGUUUCCGGAGUUAGCAGUGGAGAUAAAAAAAUGAUGGACCCAAAAACUAGUGGGUCAGGUGGAACCACUCUGGCCAAAAUUAUCAUUAGCAAACCAGACGGUGGCUCGCCAAGCAUCAAGGCAAAAGUGACUCUUCAGAAAACUGGGGAAGGAUCUGUAGAUUCUAUGCGUCCGCAAAUCUCCAGCCUCAAAGCUUCCCCGCUCUUCAGCGGCUCCACUCCAAAGCAUGACCGUUCAUCGCCCAGCCACAGCCGCUCCCCAGGAUACACCCUUCUCAACCAGGACAGCGAGAGCGAAUCAGGUAGCAGCUCGGUGGCCGAGAAGUCCCACCAGAACAGCCCCAGCUCGGACGACGACCAGACCGUGCGACCUCUUCCUCCCCAGGACUACAUGAGCUCCAUCCCCCUCAGCUCGGGCGAGAAACACAAGAAGCACAAGAAGGAGAAGAAGAAGCUGAAAGAUAAGGAGCGAGAGAGAGACAGAGACCGAGAAAGGGACAGGGACAAGGAGAAAAAGAAGUCCUCCGUGUCCAUGGGAUCUGCUUCACAUUCAGCAAAAGCAGACAGUUGGUCCCGGUCCCCCAUCUCAGCCUCAGAUUCAUCACUGUCCAUACUCGGUUCAGAUCGUCCAUCACGGUCCAGUCCAAUGUAUAUGAGAAACGAAGACGAUGACCUUAUGGACUCAGCCCUUACAGGCGACUUUUAAUCGGGUCUUUAAAGGCUUCUUUUAUAGUUUGCUGUCUCUUAACAUACAAAGUUAACAUUUAUUUAUUCAGCUCAAGCCACAAAAUUGACCUGAAUAUACAAACAUGUCCUGUUAAAGCUGUGCUUUAUCACCAGUGUUUGCUGUACAAGUAUCAUUGUGUUAUAAUCAUGAUUGGGAUGCCAGGUUUUUUUGACGGUGGAUGACGCAGAUCGAAAUCUGCUGCAGAGUGCCGGCUACCUUUUCUUUUGUUUCACUACAGAAAUGGUUUUAAACAGUGUGCUUUUAAAAAAUCAACAUUGUUUUUAUCUUUUGUUAAAAGGCGUUAUCUGUGAGAUUAUGUCUGGUUGCAUGUUGUUUCUACAUUGUUCCUAUGUUGUAUGCUGUCAGGAAAAAAGCAUCUGUUAAAGUAUUACAAAGCAAGAAUACAAAUUUUUGCUUUAAUUUUUAGGUGCAGACAGGCAUGUUUAGAUUAUGCAUUUUUAAAUGUUCUGUAAAUUAGUGUAGGGACAGAAGAAGGCUGCAGAAUAUGAUUGAGUAAAUAACCUUUUUAUUGUUGGAUCUUUUUAAAGGUUGAAAUAAAUAUUUAACUUCUUACAAACUCACUUUUCUUCUGUGUUCAACAGAAUUAAGUACUAGUACAAUGUCUUGCUAAAGUAUUCAUACCCGUUGAAUUUUUUUCAGAUAUCAACAAACAAUGCAUAUCUGCAAGGCAUAUUUAUGUGAUCAACAAAGCAGUGCAGAAUAAUGGAGUAAAGCUAAAAUGAUGCAUUGGUUUCAUUUUGUUUUGUUACUAAUAAUCUGAUGUUGUGGAGUGCAUUUAAUUUUAGCUCCAUCUAUUUGCUCUAAAACUUAAUUUUGAAAAUUGAUUUAUAAAACUAUGAUUUGAUGCUUCUUAGAAAUUGUGUGAAAACCAUCCUUUUUCUUUCCACUAAACCACGAUGUGCUUCGUUGUGUUGGUCCAUCAUAACACCCCACUAAAAAAAAUGUAGUGGUAAUGUGACAAAAUAUGAAAAGAUUGAACAGGCAGGGCCAUUUUUGCAAGGGUCUUAUUUUACGUCAUUUAAAGCGAGACAAAUACUUUGGUGGUAGCUAUUAUGGUCACAUGUCGAGGAAAGCAAACUAAAGAUGAAUUCAUUACAUUUGAACUAUGUAACACUAGAUGGCAGUAGAGUAUCUGGCUGUUGAGCUGCUCAAACGUUACACCUUCCAUGAAGCAAUUUUCCGAGGUUAAAUUGAUUUCAUUUUUAUUCACAAUUUGAUUGGAAGAUUUAUGAUGCAGCCUCUCAAGUAGUGUGAGAAAGACACAUUUUGUGACACAUUUAGUUGUGCACCAAGAAGGCAGUAAAAGUAAAAUCCUUUCCGCUCAUCACCAAGAGGACGUAUCAGAUAAAAAAAAAAAAAGAAAAUCUGUAUGCUUGUCUUAAACUCUGCAGGACUCAUACAAACCCAUUUUUAGAUGGUAUUAGGCAGGAAGACUGUCCGCACUGUGAUCAUGAAAAUUCACCUUCUUAACGAAUGGGUCUAGGAAAAACCAGUUAUGUCCAAAAGAUAAUUAUUUCCUUGUCUAGAUUGGCCAUUUUUACAAAUCUGAAGCAAAAAUAUACCUAAACUGAAGAAUGGAGGUGAAAGUGGAAUCUCAGCAACAUUCACUGUGCAAAAUCAAAUACAUGUUCUUAAAGGGAGGAGGUAUUCUAUACUAUAUUCACAACAUAUAAAAUCCGGUCAGUUAAUGUCCUGAUCCAAUCGCCUCGACCGUUCCCUGACUCAGCUAUUUUUCACCCUCAGCAGGCUUGAGCUUAAGUGCCUUUCUGUUUUACAUUGAUGUACUUUUAUUAUAAUAAAAAUUAAGUUUUCAGUUAGUCAGCAGUUAUUCAGCUUCCUAUACGUCUACCUCUUGUGAUGGAUGCUACUUACACUAAAAGGUCUUCUUUUGUCAAAGCAUAAAAGAGCAUUUAAAUAUGUGUCUCCAUUUGCCUUUUUGCAAAUUUGUUUUAAUUAACUUUUGUCGUCACAAACAUUGUCGAACAUUGACAAUAAUUUCAGUAGUCUGUCAGUCCUCUGUGUUGCAGGUCUUCCUUCUGUAUCUGGUCCAUUUCAUCCAUUUGGGUCUUUUGCUGUCUUAUUAUCCAUCAGUUUCUCUAUCUGACUGAUUUAUUUGCCAAUUUGAGCCCACUACUUUAGAGUUGUUGGCUCUGACCAGCUCUGUUUCCUUAUUAAAGCUUUUUUGCAGGUCACUGUAGAUGUUCCCCUUUGUCUAUUUGGUAUCAACAUUUUUAAGUUUGACACAUCCAAUAAAUUUCAUUCCACUUCA